AUGCAGUGGCUUGCUGAUACCAACCAGCUUGGUGAGUUUUAUGCUGAGGUGCGACAUCUACUCGGAACGUUCUCUAUGGCGAAAAUUCCACUGAAUUCUACUAGUGGUGAAGCGCUAUUUAAAAGCAGGGAGGAAAUACUCGAGCGAUGGGCAGAGCAUUUCAACACCCUCCUUAACGUGGAUCAUUUUGUUUACAUAGACCAUGUGCGCUGCCUACCUCAACAAUAUUUCGCCCUCGAGCACUAUGAUCCAGUCUCGCCUGAUGAAAUUGCCCUUGCCAUUAAACAACAGCAAAAUAAACACGCGGUUGGUGUUGAUUCUGUACCGGGUAAAUUAUCAAAAAAGCGCGCUGAAAAAACACGAAAACAAAAAAAUCAAAAAAAUUUUUUUUUUGUGCUGCGGAAAAUUGACCCCUGA